CUCUCAUAUGUAUGUGUUUUUCAGCAGUAGCUGAUAUCUGCGUCUUCAAUUGCUUAACUUUUUUUUUGCCUUGUUCUGUUCUUGUGGAUGAUUCCUACUGUUUUCCACUGGAGAUGUCUUUCGGGUCCAUGGAUCAGCUGUGGUUUAUACACUCCUACCUUAUCCUUGGCAUGUUCUUGCUAAUAUUUUUUAGUCCAGCAAUGGAUAGUAAUUCGGUUGAAUAUGGUAGACAUGGAGAUUCCGACAGCUAUGGCCAAUAUCUCCAUAUUUGUAGAAGUUACAAAUCUGAUUGGUUGGAACCUUUUUGCGUGAAAUGUUUGGUCAGAACUUCAAGUUUCAAAAAUGAUGAAGGAUUUAAAUAGCUGUCAAGGAUUUCUAGUGGAGAGCUGAAACUCUGGCAAUUGAUGUGCAUUGGAGAAUCCAUUUCCUGUUGUCUGAAGAGUCCCGAAACUGGUUGUUUGAAAGUGAAGUGAUGCUCUAGCAAGUGAACCUCUUACUAUUUUCUGUAUAAAUAACUGAAGUGUUCUCAUUAAAAUCUCCUGCACUCUCUGCAGGAUUUCAUGUAGGGAAAAGAAAGCUGUUAUUAGUCCUCUGUUGCCGCCAUAGUCUGUGUAGCCUCAACGACAGCAACGACGGCGUCGAUUAAGGCAGCCACCGGCACGGCGAUGCCGGUUCCCCUUGCCCCUUACCCUGCUCCUCCUGUGCCAUUCACACCACCCACUCCCAAUGCCGGGGCUCAAAGCCAGCUUGUCUGCACUGGAUGCCGGAAUCUGCUCAUGUAUCCUGCCGGCGCGACGUCAGUAUGCUGCGCAGUUUGCAGUACCGUGACCUCUGUUCCGUCUCCUGGGACCGAGAUGGCGCAGCUAGUUUGCGGAGGAUGCCACACUCUUCUAAUGUACAUACGUGGCGCGACAAGUGUACAAUGUUCUUGCUGCCACACUGUCAACCUUUCAAUGGAAGCGAAUCAGGUUGCACAUGUAAGCUGUGGGAACUGCCGGAUGCUGCUCAUGUACCAGUACGGCGCAAGAUCUGUCAAAUGUGCAGUCUGCAGUUUUGUGACAUCAGCUGGGGCAUCACCUGGUGUAGACCAGAAGCCUAGCAACUGAACUGGUGCAAGAUUACUAUGAAGGAAGAAGCUUCCCAAAAAGAGGAUGCUUUGAGUGCACAUGUAUAGAGUUCUUCCCAGAAGCAAUCUCCAUUUCUCGCUUCCUUCGUUGGGCCUGGCGAGCUUGCGGAAUAAACGAGAGUUUUUGGUAUUACUUAGAGCUCGAAAUUUGUCGAAUCAUCUGUAUAACUGGAUCAGACACAUACAUAAACCCUCUGUGUUUGUGUUGAAAUCUAGCUUCUUUUUACUUGUGUUUUUUUCAGAAAAAACUUUUUUGCUUGUGACUAUAUGAAUAAGUUUUCCUGCUUUGCUAUCCA